UAUCUGUACAAAUGCUAAUCGUACCACCUUAAACUAUAGUACCAUGAGAGAUGUAGGAAAAAUCACAUUCCAGUUAAACUAGACUUCAUCGUACCGGAUCGAUCAGUGAAAUCGUUCCUAUCUUCAUUCGCAGAUAGGGAUGUCUUAUCAGUUUGUAUAACGCGCGUGAUAGCACGCAGUACACCUGUAGGUUCCGUAGAUUGCGGGAACUGUAGUCGUAAGUGUAACCUCUGCCGGGAAACAUUCAAAACGUUCACUUUGCUCGGAACUUAUAUCAUAAGCUGUACGGAGAUACGACGGACUUUGGCGAGAACCACAUUAGCAAUCUAAAAAGUACAAGCAGAAACAGUAAAAUCACUUCAAUUUUUCAUCAUGGGUUGCAGUGAAAUCAUGCGUAAUCUCGGUGAGCUCGUAAUGAACAACAAACUGGUCACCUUUCUGAGCGUGGCCCUGUUUGCAUUCGUGAUCACUGUGAUAGCGCUAGCAGUGUCUAAUAAUAACAAUGCGAGCGAUUUAGACCAAUGCCGAGAAGAGGUAGCUAGACUUAUGCUACUAACGUCUACUGCAGCACCUGCAACUACAACCACCGAAGCACCAACUCAGACAACUACUUUGCCAUCAGAGGUUACCCCCGCUUCUGGUCCCUAAUAGAGAUAAUCCUUAUUGUAAUGUAUUGUACCAAUGUAUAAUGUGUGAUGUCUUACGCUAAAGCUACCAGUGUGCGUGUUUCAGACCCACAAUUGUACUCCUCAAGUGUACUCCACAAAAAUAAUAUCUAAAUAACAAUGAGUGAUCAAAAAGGGUUAUUUAUUCGUACACACAUAGCUUCUAGUAUCACACAGAUGGCCAUUUUUUUUUAAGUGCAGCGAUAACGAAGCCUAAGUUUUGUGAGUCACUGAUGGCAGCCGAUGGAUAGGACGUGUGGUUCGUAUUCGUGCAAUAGUUCAUUUAAUUAAGUGUACAGAAUGCACUGUAGAAUAUACCUACACAGUGUAAUACAUCGCGAACUUCAAGAUCAGUAUGAAUAAAUAUACAGCCCAUCACUGUCAAUAAAGCAGUGAUGUGCAAGCACAUAGAAACGAA